AUGGCCAGCCUGGUCGCCCAGGACUCCUAUCUGCAGGGCUUGGUCAGGAGGGUCAGCGUGCAGCCGAGCCCCGAGGCACGGAAGAGGAAAUUUGUGUCUAAGCCAGGCCAGGCUGAGGAUGCUGGCAGACAGGUCAAGAAACAGAAGAGAAAGAAGCCCAAGAAGCAAGCUGAGAAGAAGAAUGCUCCUCCAGGCAAGCAGCUGGCUUCUAACACCACUAAACCCACUCCAGGACAGAAAGCAGCCCCUCAAAGAAAAGAUGUCCUUAGUGUCUCUGUUUCCACCAGCUUUGGGAGUAAAAGUGAACUGAGUUCCCCUUCUGUUUCUGCAAUCAAUCUCCUGCGUCAGAGGCUACAUGAGAAGAUUCAAAAAGCUUCUGGACAAGAUGAUGCCAAAGAAUUAACCCCUGCAGUCCUGGAGAAGAGGCAGCGACGGAAAUAUGAGAGGGAGAGGAAGAAACGUCGAAGAAAGGAGUUAAAGAUGAAGGCAAAAAUGGAGAAGAAAGAAACUGAGAAGGUACCAGUAGAGCCAGAAAAGAAACAGGAGGAGAGGAAAGCUGAGAUUGUCUUUAACAGGGUUGAAGUCCAUGAAGAGAAUGAGUUGAACAAGGUGCAGAAGAAGAAAGAGAAGAGGAAAGCAGUGAAAGGCAAUAUCACUCCUCUGACAGGCAGAAACUACAAACAGCUGCUGAGCAGGCUGGAAGCCAGGAAGAACAAGCUGGAGGAACUCAAGGAUAAGGACGAGAAGAAAGCUCAGGAGCUGGAGAACAAAAUGAAGUGGACAAAUGCUCUGUAUAAGGCAGAAGGGGUGAAGAUCCGUGACAACGAGGAGCGUCUGAAAGAAGCUCUGAAGCGCAAGGAGAAGCGCAAAGCACAGCGCAAACGGCAGUGGCAGGAGAGGACGGUCAGAGUGGUGGAGAAGAUGCAGCAGAGGCAGGACAAGCGUCAGAAGAACAUCCAGAAGAAGAAGAAGGAGAGGAUGGAGAAGAAGAAGGCCAGGGCCCGGAAGAAGGGCCGAGUUCUGCCAGAGGACUUGAAAAAAGCUGGUUUAAAGUAAGGGUGAGACAGAUGGUCCUGGCAGUUUUGCUUCCAGGGCAGGUUGUGUCUGUCUGU